CCCUGGGAGAUGCAAGAGCCCUUGGGCUGAGACUGAGAAAGAUCAGAUUCCCUAGGUCCUGGGGGUGGAGGGAAACAGAAACUAGGAGGGGGAGGAAAGGAUAUGGAGACAGAAGAGAGAUACUGGGGACAGGGGAGCUGAGCUGCUGUGAAAUGGAGGGACUAUUACAGAAGGUAGGAUGGGGUCAGCAGAGUCAAGAGAGAUAGGGAGGGGACAAGGCAUCAAGGUAUUGAAAUUCAGGGAAAUUUAGGGGUCAAUUUAGAUUUAAGAUUCAAGUUGUUUGGCUUAUUGCAGUAUAUGUCCCUCUUUCUCAAGGAAAUCCAAGGUAAUAACACCAUGCCUGACUUUUUAUUCUUCCAUAUAUCUUUUUCUCCAUAGCUUGGUCAUUUGGACGUUCUCUAUUACUUUCCCUUUUCCUUCUUAUACAGCCAUUGCAAACUCACCAUGUAGUGCCCCCCAUCCUUCCACAAAUGGCCCUAGAACCCACAUUAGAGUCCUCUGGGCACCCCCCAGCUCCACCCCCCACCUCCUCGUUGCUGUGGUUCCCCCAAUCACCGGCUCCUAGACUCCCACUUCACUCCUCCCCUAGCUCCAGUCCUAUAACCACUCCUGCCCUUGCCCUUCCAGUUUCAGACACUUGUGAAAUCCUGGGGAAUAAGUCACCUAGACAAGGAGCAUCAGGGUUUGGGAGCUGACCCAAAGGAAAAACUAUCGGACCUCCAGCCCCAUUAGAAAGCGAAUGUAAAAAAAUCUCCCCAGACACGUCCAGAGCAGAAGCAUAGACUAAGCAGGGGAGCAUCGAUCGGACAGCUUCCUGGAAAGCAAAUAGGAACAGCGGCAAUUACAAAGACCUUAUUAUAUAGGACCUUUCUAGGGGAAAAUAACCAGGAUCUUUCAGGUAGGAGAAAAGGUGAUUGAUCAUAUAUAGGGAUCAGCAAUCAACUGUGAAGAAUCCAGUUCAAAUGGAGAUGUUUCUUGAACUUUAAAAGAAAAAGAACAGCAAAGCUGGAGAAGAGAUCUGAUCAAGAUCUGUCAUUAAGGAAGGAAGUAGCCCAGUCUCGGACAAGGGGAUCAUUGAUGUAAGUGAGCCCUCUAUUCCUUUACCCAUUAGGUGCUAAAAGAGCCUAGGUUGUACUGGAAACUUUUUGAUCCUUUUCUCCCAAGUUCAACCAAGGGUCAUAAAGAUUGAGAAGACAUAAGGGGAGAUGGCUUCAGCUGGGCUGGAACUCCUGGGCCUGACUCUAGUGGUUUUGGGCUGGCUGGGGACCUUAGUGUCCUGUGCCCUGCCCCUGUGGAAGGUCACAGCCUUCAUUGGCAACAGCAUCGUGGUGGCCCAGGUGGUGUGGGAAGGCCUGUGGAUGUCCUGUGUGGUCCAGAGCACCGGCCAGAUGCAGUGCAAGGUGUACGACUCCCUGCUAGCUCUGCCCCAGGACCUACAGGCAGCUCGGGCCCUCUCUGUCAUUGCUCUGAUGCUUGCUUUGCUGGGUCUGCUAGUGGCUAUCACUGGAGCCCAGUGUACCACAUGUGUGGAAGACGAGACAGCCAAAGCAAGGAUUGUGCUGACCUCAGGCAUCAUCUUCCUCAUCUCUGGGAUCUUGGUACUGAUCCCUGUGUGCUGGACAGCCCAUGCCAUCAUCCAGGACUUCUACAAUCCUCUGGUGGCUGAAGCUCUGAAGCGGGAGUUGGGGGCUUCGCUUUACCUGGGCUGGGCAGCUGCUGCCCUGCUGAUGCUAGGGGGAGGACUGUUGUGCUGCACUUGUCCCCCACCUCAGCCUGACCGGCCUAGGGGACCCCAGCUGGGAUAUUCUGCUGCUUCCCGAUCAGGGGCCUCUGGUCUGGAUAAACGGGACUAUGUGUGAGACAGCCGAAGAAUCAGCAUCCCAACUUCAGUCUGAACAAGGACUCUGAAAGUCAUUUAAGGACAUCUUUCUGAAUUCAUUGGCCAGAAAUAAUCCUGGCUCCAGUGUUGGACUUGGUUUACCCUAAUAUUAGCUCAAAAUCCUAAGUCAAUGGACCAUUUCAAUCUUAAGAACUCUCUAUGUGUAUCGUUAACCCUGAAGGAAAUCUUUUGUCUUUUAUAUAUAUAAAACCCUAUUUGUAACUACAUCCUGAACUGGAAUAGAAACGCUUGUUUCAUUGUAUCAUCAUUGUCUUUCUUCCAAUAUUGGUUUCUCACCUAUAUAACAAGACCAAUCUUAUCUCAAAAAGUUUAAGUUGAGAUCUAACUAGAAACGCACCCUAACAAGAAUCCCUUUGUUUCGCCACUACCCUUCACCUUCCUCCCAGAAUCCAACAGGAAAUUAAACCUCAGCCAUCAAAAUGUACCUAAACCACCCCCCUCCUCCAAUUCUAAAGUCCCAAAUCCCUUCACUGGGCUUAGUCCUACUUGGUUUCAAUUACCUGUUCCAAUCUUGCUUUUCUGAUCCUGUAGACCUUUGCAAAGCUUUAAUUUUCUGAGGAAAGUUAAGUGCUUCUCUUACGAGAUCUCAUUUACCCCUCAUGCGUUAGGGCAAGUAUUAUUUUCUGUUUUAUAAAGAAAACAAAUCCAGAGAGGUUAAGUGGACUUACCUGAUGCUCCUUAGGCUCUGGGGAAGAGCUGGGUUUUCCAAAUUUCUGCUUUCUCUAGUUCAAUACUCCUAACUUCACUCUUCUUUAUCAGGUUCUAACAAUGGAACCACCACUUUUAGCCACAGUCCCCAUGAAAAAUUAAGGGUACCUACCCUUUCCUUAGAACAAAACCUUGGGCCCCUCAAGUACAUUUAAGGACUAGUUCUCGCUUCUGCACAGGUUGAGCUCCCAAGUCCACCACCAGCAUUUAGGUGAAGGAGAAAUCCUUGCCCAAACACUUUUUUCUCCUCUGUGGCUAAGAGCCCAGCUAUCCAGUCACCUAAUUAUCUGGACCCAGCAGUAUCAGCUUCCAACUCUACCUAUAAACAGGAAUAAAGCAAAUGUUCUGUAAUUGGCCUCCAUCUGAUUUAUAAGUGGGGGUUUUGAUGGGAGGGUAUGGGACGUAACAUACUGUUGCACAGGUGGCCCUGAUACCCUACUCCCAGAAUAUUACCCAAGGAUUACAUAAUCUCUGCUUCAUUUCUAAUGCCAGGACACUGUCCUUUGGACCUGCAUGCCUUUGGAAUGCUCUUCAAUCCUCUCCUCCCACUAUCUCAGGCCUCUGCCCCCUCUUUAGCCACCCAAAGUCAAGCAGCCUCCCACAAAUAGAGACCAUUACCUUUCAGGCAAGACAAAUUUUAUUCUCUAAAAAAAAAAUCUUCAAUCAUGGAAACUAUAAAAAAAAAAAAAGAGAGGGAGGGGAGGGGUUUGCUGGAUUCUGGAUUAGGAAGAGUAUGUUAAAAUUAGGACACAAGAGCUGAUGGGGAGAUCACAUCCUGUCUUUUGGGAGUCCAGGGGGAUCACAGUAGCUACCAUAGUUCCAACAGAAGACCAAAAAAGGCAAGGAAAAUCUCGAUGGUCCCAUUUUCCUGGAAAUUGGGGACAGCAAAGUCAGAACACAUUGAAGAACUUUGUUCUUGACAAGGUUAGAAAAAAGAUGAUUCUAGCCAUUUUCAGAGAAAUAGCAUAGAUCUUG